UAACGGUCACUCAAAGCAGUCACAACUUCCAACUGAAUUAGUAUUUACCUCAAAAAUAAAAUGUUUUUCAAAGCUAUACCAUUCGUCGCUUUCAUAGCGCUUUGUCACGCGGAGGAUCACGCUUACUCCUCACAGAGUAUAGUACUCCAUCAUGAACAGAAAGGCUAUGAUGCACCCGAAGAACACCAGGUCCCCGUUAAAGUAGUCGUUCCAGUCAUCAAGAAAGUAGUUCCUGUAGCGAAAUACGUAGUUGAAAGCUCUGGAUAUGAACAGAAUGAAAAAUAUGAGCAUUAUGACCAUAAACAUGCCAUCUCUUCCCAGCAAAUUGAGCGUCAUGACAUACCUGCUCAACCUCCCAAAGGUUUCUUUGACGACCAUGGUCCAGCCAAAUACGAAUUCGAAUAUAAAGUGCACGACCCUCACACUCACGACGUGAAGCAGCAGCAUGAGACCCGAGACGGUCACUCCGUGCACGGCGUCUACAGUCUGCACGAGGCUGACGGCUCCAUCCGCACUGUCCACUACUCCGCUGAUAAGAAAAAUGGAUUCCAAGCAGAUGUGAAACAUACCACCAAACAUGAAGAAUCUAAGCAACAUAAUUAAUGACCUCAUAGCAUACGAUGUAUUAUAAUUUAUUUAUUGUUAAUAAAAUAAC